GCGUCUACCGUAAGUUGGUGGGGUAGCGGCAACACGCUUGCCUCGCAUGUUAAGUGUACGGAGUUCAGACUCGGACAUGACCAAGAAUCUGCACUGCGGAUGAGCUCUAAUAAAAUGGAAACUCGAGCUCAGUGCUUCCCUUUUUCGAUGUGCACUCACCAGAAUCUUAAAAAACCGUCCAACUGUAACACCCUUUUGGUGCCUAGCUGCCAAGCUACGUGGAGGAAACACGACGGCUUAGAUACUACCAGGCAGCCAAAUCCUAGAGAGAAGCAGUCGAGAUUCAGAGGCUGGACUCGAACCAAGGGCCUUCUGCCUUUCGACGAUUUGUUUCAGGGAGUUCAAAUGCAUGAGAGUGGUAAAGUAUCAUUUGCUACUGUAACACCCUUUCGGUGCCUAGCUGCCAUGCCACCCGAAGGAAGCACAAGUGCUGGAAUACUACCAAGUUGCCCAAGGGGAAGUCGAACCACGGACCAUCUGGUCAGUAAAUUCGCACUC